AUGUACAAUUCUCUUACUCGUAUUCAGAACACCUUUGGUUUCUUUACCACUGUCGCAUUUGUGGUCGCGGCUUUCAUCGCUGCGUCCGACCUCUUAGCUCCACGGGCGCCCGAUGCUGGCAUAUUCCAGAAGACAAACGCUCAAGUUGUGAAGGGCCGACCGCACUACUACAGCUCUAAGAAGGAGGAAUACGCCAUCAUUCGAUUCAACCUGGAUGCUGACUUGAGGAGUCUCUUUACAUGGAAUACCAAGCAGGUUUUUGUCUAUGUCACUGCCGAGUGGCCUGGCCCCAACAACUCUAGCAACGAGGCCGUCAUCUGGGAUAAAAUCAUCACAAACCCCAGCGCCGAUCAUCUCCAGAACAUUGGACCCGUUGCGAUGAAGAAGCUCAAGCGCAGCGCUGAGGGCAAGUCCAUUGACCCUGAACGUGGCUUUAUCGGUCUCAAGAAUCAGAAGCCGAAGUAUCAGAUCACCCACCCCAGUGGCAAGGUCGCCGAGACAGAUGAUGUGAAGCUCAAGCUCCAUUACAAUGUUCAGCCGUGGGUUGGUUUUUUAACUUGGGAUCAGUCUCGGGAUAUAGGCCACUGGAAGGCUUUGAAAUGGGGAGAGUCGCCCAAGUUCCAACUUCCUGCUCUCAAGACUAAGAAGAAGGAUACUACCAAAAAGAGCUACUAA